AUCUGCGACUUUCCAUUCCGAGUAGGAAGUCACCUCCACAUAACCCUCUUACUCCUAUAACGCGUCUUGAUAAUGUCAGAUAUUCAGCAAUAUCUGCUGGACCAUGACAGGAACAGGAAGGAGGCGACAGCGACAGCCCAACGAAGCGCGACGCGACUGAAAGAGGGCAAUUUGAAGCUUAUCGACAUCAUAACUGAGCUGGGAGAGUACUUCAACAGCGAAGAUGGCGCAAUUCGAUCCAAAACCAUAUCGUACCUCGCAGAGGUUCUGGCCUCGACUCCGCAAAAAGUGCUGUCUCUCCAGCAGCGAAGCCUGCUCUGCGACUACAUACUCUCCCGAACAGAUGACAAGGAAGGUCUAGGAUCCUGCGCGAAGGCGCUGCUGGCAUUGGAAGAGCUCGGUAAAUGGGACGACGACAGAGUUGUCGGUAUCGUGGAAGCGUUACUGAACAACACCCAUCCUCUGCGACAGUACAAGCAGCAGAGCGAACGGUAUGGCGUUCUACGGUUGAUUGAUACAUUGAUGGCAAAAUACCGCGAAGUGCUGCGCAGUCACCAUAAGUUCACACCAGGUUUCAUGUCGCGGUUCAUAUCGUAUUUUGACGGCGAAAAAGAUCCGCGGAAUUUGAUGGUCGUCUUUUCUAUACUGAAAGUGCCAAUGACGGAGUGGAAUGUUGGCGCAGAUACACAGGACCUUUUCGAUGCUGUAUUCAAUUACUUCCCGAUCACAUUCCGACCGCCGCCUGACGAUCCCUACGGCAUCACUGCACAAGAUUUGAAAGACAGGCUUAGAGACUGCAUUGCCUCUACGCCAGACUUUGCGCCGUAUGCCUUCCCGGCGCUGUUGGACAAGCUCGACUCUACUUCCAUGAAUACGAAACGGGAUGUGCUUCAAACAAUCACUGCAUCUGUAAACGAGUACGGGCCUCGAACAAUCGCGAUUUACUCAAUAACUCUUUGGGACGCUUUGAAAUUCGAAAUACUCAAUGUGCAGGAGGAAGACCUUGCUGAAGAGGCGUUGACAGGUCUUGCCGCAAUCGCGAGAACGCUUUCACAAUCAGGCAGCGGACCGUUGAACGCUUACCUUAAACCCAUAAUCAAGGAAUGCAACGAGCAUCUCGAAGACGCGCCAACUAAACAGUCACAAGCAGCGGCACGCAUAUUACACAAGAUAGCCGAUGUGUCAUCCGAUGUUACUAACAUCCUCUUGGCUGGAGUUCUCCCAACACUCUUUCUCUUAUUCCAAACGGCGGACACUAUGGCCAAGCGACGAGGGCUUCUCGAGGUUCUAGCUCAGCUAAUUCGUGCAAAUAUCGAUGUCUAUGGUGACUGGCGGUCGAUUGGUCCCGCUGGAGAUCAAGCGGGAAACAAUGCUUUGGCCCAAUUCCGCGAUCAAGCUCUAGAAGUUAUGUCGAGCGGGCUUGAGACCGCCCCGAAUAAAGAGGUUUCGUUUCGCUUGGUCUGCCUCGAUGGUUUGCUUCAACUGUCGAAGACUCGACAAUUGUUAAGCGACGAAGAUGUUGGCAAAAUCAUUCAGCUUUUGCACGCUAUUGUCAUACAUGAGGGGUCAUAUGGCAAAGACGAAGUUAAAGAGGCAGCAAUCAACGGCAUUGUUGAGGUCGCUCAUCAGAAACCCGAGGUCGUGGUCGAGAAGGCAUUCCCAGCGUUCCUGGCGCAGCUUCCUGAUUCUGACAAACAAGAUUCGAAAGACUACUUACCAACACUAGAAGCCUUUGCAAAACUUGCGGGCGAGGACAAAGUUUUUGACACUGUCAUAUUACGACUGAAGAACAAGUUCAGCACAGCAGUAAAGGAAGGCGCUUCCCAGUCUUAUAUCACUGCGUUACUCUCGGCUAUGUUGUAUGCGCUCAACAAAGGGGAGAGUAAACUUUCGCAAAGCGCAGAGGUCUCGUCUUACUACAAAGACAUCGCGUUUCCCCUCCUACAACACACGUCGAGCUCCGAUGCAUCUCAUCCAGCAUUUGAUGAUGAAACGACGCUCGACCUUGUAGGACGCAUAUGCAACCUCAUCGUGAGGUCUCAGUCUAUGGAACAGCAAAAUGAGGUUGCUGCAGAACUGUACACACUCUUCCGUGGUACCCCGCAAACCGAGCUGCCUCCUUUUAGUACAAGCCCAGCAUCAGAAGCGCACAAAACUAUGAUCGUUUCUACACACCUCCUCGCUUCCUUCCGGAAAGAGACUACCCUUCCUUGCGAACUUCAACUCCUCGUCUCCUCUCUUGCAGAUUACGCUCAACAACCGUUCCUUUCUUUGCCUGUCCGCUCGGCCUCCCUCCGCCAAAUGUCGCUCGUCAUCAACAAGUAUUACUCUGCCUCCGCUCUCAGGACAUGCAUGGACCCGCUGGUUUCGAACUUGGACAUUUUCAACCCUGAGAAACUCGACCCACUGCGGAUACGCGUCAUAUUUGCCUGCCUCAAAGGCAUUGUACUCCGUAGCAGCCCGGUACUCAAUACCCUGUACCCGACAUUGCUGUCCUUACUCUCACAUCCACAAUACGGCAUCACAGUGGCGUACGGCUUUACUACACUGUUGCAACCAGAUGAGUUGCUUACCAAGGCGAAUCAUUGCCAGAUCUCAGGAUUGCACAAGCAGAAGAGUUUCGCGCUAUUGAUCCCUGCUAUCACGCAAGCGUUUAAGGAAGCAAGUGCAGAGACCAAGCCCAACUACCUAAUUGCGCUGAGUGGCGCGCUGAGAUGGAUGCCGUUUGACAUCGUUGUCGAAGAGGUCGACCAGCUGGUCACGUUGCUCCUUCAAUCGCUUGAUUUGAAGGGGGUUGAUGUCGUCAAAGAAGCUGCGAUCGAAAUCCUCACCUCGACCCUCGUCGAGAAACCAAAGAGUCUGGAAGAACACACGGGUAGCCUCAUCACACGACUACUCGCCAGUUCUACAGGCGGGAAAGACAAGGACGUAGCGACUCCGCCAAAGGUUCGUGUUGCGGCGUUGAAGUGCUUGACACUGGUGCCGGAGAAGUUUAGGCAGGAGAAUGUACUGCCAUACAGGAGGCAGGUUGUCAAGAGACUCACAGCUGCGCUGGAUGAUCGGAAGAGAGAAGUUCGGAGUGCGGCAGUCAAAUGUCGGGCGAAGUGGUUAGAGGUGGAUGAGGCGGGUGAUGAUGAUUGAGAUUGUUUGUCACAGGAUGUACGGUUGAACACGGC